CAUUGUUAGGACUGCAGAGGAGCCUUUUAUUUACCCGGAAGUAUUUGGGAUUUUCAGUCCGAAAGAUAAUUUUAUCCUCAUUCAUUCAGAACAUAAAUAGCAAACAUGAGUUUGCUGAAUAAACCCAAGUCUGAGAUGACUCCAGAAGAGUUGCAGAAACGAGAGGAGGAAGAAUUCAACACUGGACCACUGUCUGUGCUCACCCAGUCCGUGAAAAGCAACACACAAGUUCUAGUCAACUGCCGCAAUAACAAGAAGCUACUGGGACGAGUCAAAGCCUUCGACAGGCACUGCAACAUGGUGUUGGAGAAUGUGAAGGAGAUGUGGACAGAGGUCCCGAAGAGUGGCAAGGGGAAAAAGAAGUCCAAGCCAGUGAACAAGGACCGGUACAUCUCCAAGAUGUUUCUGAGAGGGGACUCUGUCAUCGUUGUGUUGAGGAACCCUCUUAUCACUGGGACUGGGGGGAAGUAGACUGACAUCUCACCCAAAGUCUGUACCACACUGGGUCGUAUUCAUUAGUACACACCGUUGAAAAACGUUUUGCAAUAGGAAACAUUUUUUUGUAAAAAAAUAAUUUGGACAAGUUCAGGUAGUCCCUCCCUGUUUUGGUCCGUUUUCUUUUGUUUGGUUUCUAGUGAAUACUACCCUGCUUUAGCUGAGAGACUGCAAGAGCAGGGCCAUGUUCAUCAGGACACAAUGUUGUGGAAUGUUCAUGCCCCUUUUUAGAAUGAGCAAUCACAUCAAUCUAAAACGUUCCACAGCAUUUGUCAAGUACAUGAAAUGGUUUUAGUCACUCAGUCAUUUGUUUGUUUGCUCUCCACACCAGGGCUGCGUUCAACAGGGCACAACGUUGUGGAACAUUUAGAUAUAAAUAUAUAAUGUGGAACAAAUAUGCAUCUCUGACAUCUAGAAUAAGGAAUCACGUCAGCUCUAUUCAUUACAUUUCUAUAUAAAACGUUCCACAAUGUUUGACUACUAAACGUGACCUUGGGUCAAGUUCUGUAGGCAUGACAUGGAAGAAACUUUUAGUGGUGGUCUAUUUCCCGAACACUUUGUUUUCCAUUUGAAAACCUUUUCUCUUUUUGACUACUGAAUGUGACUCAGAACUGGAUUCAUCAUGGCAAUUGGAUCUCUUUCAGUAAGGCCCAAGUUUUCAAAAAGUUUUGAAAUUACUUUGAAUGGUCUGCAACGGAACAUCAACUAAAUCAGAAUUUGUUUCUUCCAACCUGUUAGAGCUGAGCUAUUAGUUUGGAUGUCACUUUGCUUGACCAUACGUGACCUUAUGUUGAAAACCAAAACCAUAAGGUGCCCUUUUGAACAUGACCCCUCUGUUUGUGUUAUGAUUUAAUAUUGUUUGAUAUGACGCCCACACCCAAAUGUACACACGUAAUGGAUACAAAUUAAUAUUAUUGGCCGAUCUUGUAGUUUUUCAAACUGCUGAAUUUUGUACUCAAAGCUCCAAUCUGAUAUAGGCCUGUUUAUUAUUGAGGUGGGGAUAAAAUUCCUACAAGGAACAUUUUGUUCAUGUUUAUUCUCUUUGUUUAAUAUUUUAAUAAACACAUGUUUUUGCUCUA